CGUUGCUACAACAAUGAACACAAUGUUCAAAUCUUAUAAAUGUAAUCUUGCCAAUUUCGUGUACGAUUUUGUUAUAUAAAAGAAAUCAUACAACAGAAAAUGGCCUUUACAAGUGGAAGAGCUCGCCUUUUUGCCGCGGAAAAGAAAAGAGCACCUUUAGUAAACAAGCUGAAGUAUUCCGACUCCAAGUAUCCUCAAGUUAAAGCCAGAGGUUACUACUCAGAUUUAAUAACACAAGAAGCAGAUUUAGGAGAAAUAACCGAUAUAACACUUUCUGGUGCCAAGACAUAUAGCAGUGACACAUUAUGGAGAAUAAACACAGAGAAGCAUACUCCUCUUGCUACAAAUUUCGAAGUUACUAAAGAGCAAGUAGACAAAGAUUUAGAGCGCCAAGUUUUUGGACCACACACUGGAAUAUUUACUAAAAAGGCUAAACCUGGAGAGAGUUGUGCUAGUGGAUGUGAUUUUAAUGCCUUAGCUUUUGAGCCUAAAGUUCAGUUACCAGUUCUUCAUGUUCCAGGUGAAAAACCAAGAAAAGUUGAAGUAGAAAGACUUCGUCGUCUCUAUGCAAGGCUAGAUUUACCGACAUUAUUGAAAGAGCGAGGAGUUGUCACAAAGCUUUUGAUGCCCAAACAGCAUACUAAUUUGAAUAUAAUACUCAUGAUGAAUCCCAAUGAUCCUGCACCAUUUCCACCCUAUUUACCAUUGGGCUACUUUGAUAAUACUGAGUUUGAUAACCGCACUCCAAAAGAAUGGAUGAAACUUGGAAUAAUGACCAUGGGUCAGGCUCCAAUACCCAGUGUUUGUCUCUUGCCCACAAAAGAUGAAGACGGAGACAAAGACCCAACAGACCCAAGUAUUGAAUAUGACUGGUUUGAUGCAGGCGUUUUAGACUAUGACCCCGAAACAAAAAUGUACUUUGUUCAGAGAGUGGAUGAAAACUGUAGAAUUGUUGAUCCUAAUGGAGACAUGGUGAUCAAUGGUUCCAUUGAUCCUGUCACGGGGAAGAGAAAUAUUUAUCCUAACCAGUUCUGGAUAGAACGCUGGCGGCUAAUGUUUAGAGCAGAAGAUCCCAGGAUAUUUGCGGACAGAGUGGCUUUUGCUUACCAGGCCCGUAAACAAUGCGAAGCAGAGCUACGCUACACAUUGUAUGUUGAUUGCAUGCCUAUGGAUGGACUCGGCAAUUUGACUCCAAAGAACUUUGAAGAGAUUGAGAAGAGAGCCCAUUCUACACCAGGACUCAGUAAAUUUAAAAUGCUGAAAGAAGCUACUGCUAAAUUAGAGCAUGAGAUUACGCUGGAUUAUUGCAGAGUAAUGAAUCAGUUUAUCCUGGAAAAGGCUGUCAGGGAUGACCCUUCAACCUUUGCUUUUGUUACUCUGCCAUUACGCUAUGAAAAGCCGGCUCCCAUGUAUUCCAAGUGCCCAGAUGUUCCUCCUUAUCCUUAUGCUAAGCAAAGUGACAGUUUUGCUUAUAGCUCUAUCUACACCAUCACAGAGAGUAUUGAAGCCAUGUGUCUGGUCAGAGCUGAAUGUAAUAAUUUGCUGAACAAUAUGAGCUUCUUCAACUUUAAAAUAACAAAGCUGUUCAAAUUACAUGAAUUUGAAAGUUUGCAAGACCAGGCAACAACUAUUAUGAGCAAUUACUUAAAAGAACAAUGGCUAACUUUACUGAGAACACAUAUUCGUAAAUCCUUUAUGAGUGUCAGAAAAGGAUGGUUCAACAUUUAUGAAGACAACUGGGCCAUUUAUCAAAUUUCUAAGAUGAAAAAAUUUAAUGAAACUGUAAAAUUCAUAAUGCAGGACUCAGUUAGAACACUUUUAACAGAUUCUAUUAAGAAUUUCACCAGCAUGAUAUUAGAUGCAUGCUACACUACAAUGGAUGUAAGACCUUUCUUUCGAUGGGGAAAUAACUUAUUACAUAGUCCUUUCCCACCCAGAAAAUCUCCAAUUUUCCAACUCGACCUUAUUCUGGAUGAUAAAGUUCACUUCAGUGCUGACCCUGAAUCCUUCGCAGACAUUAUGGAGAAUCUUUUUAACAAUGCUGUGUAUGGAACAUGGAAUAUCCCAGUGCUGGAAAAAUUUAUCAUGCAAGACAUCUCCUGGUCAGAGACACCUCUAUUAGAAGCAGUAGACAAAAAUGAGACAGAGAUCAAAGAGCUGAGAUCAACGCUCCGCGAUGCUAUCAUUUCAUCAAUGAUUCCCUUGCAAGCAUACGCUAAGAAGUUUGAACAGUUUAUACCCAUAGUUCUCAUGGAUAUCAAACAAUUUAUUAUAGCAUAUGAGGAAGAAAAUCAUACAAAUAAAGAAAUGGAUAAAGAAGCCCAGAAGCAUCUGAGGGAAAAAGAAACAAUAUUGAGAAUUUUACCCUACAAUAUUGUCAUAGGACCUUAUCUUCUGAAUGUAGAAGGUGUCAGAGACCUACUGAGUUCUAAAAGAUUAGAAUUGGCCUCCUCCAUACUGGCCAUCAUUGCCAAAAGAUUAAGAAAAAUGGCAGAUGAUCUAAUCACAGAGUUUAAGGACAUGUUGUCUAGGAUUACAGAUGUCCCUGCAUGCAUUGAAGACCUGUUUAGUCUCCGUGAAUGGAUCAGUGAAGUGCCUGCCAAGCUUGACAAGCUUCGUGAAAAUAUGUCCAUUGUAAUGUCCCAGUAUGAGAUCCUUGAUGACUACAAUUAUAACCCAACUGAUGAAGAUUUCCAAACAAAAAUAUUAAUGAUUGGCUGGCCACUAAGAAUUGAGCAGAUGUGUGAAAAAAAGAUGGAAGCACUAGAAGAAGAUGAAGAUAAAUAUUUCAGACAGUUAGAAUCGGAUACUAUUACACUCAAUGAGCGUUUAGAUACAAACCAGAUCAUUGUGGCAGCUAUGGCUGAGCACUCUGAGAUCGACAAAGCUCAUGAGUAUGCUAAUGAGAUGAGAAGAAUGUACAAGAACCUAAGAGAUUGUCAGGACCUGGCCCAGCUUUAUAACAGUAGAGAGAAACUGUUUAAACUCAAACCAACGAAUUACAGCCGGAUAGGUAAAAUAAUGAAAGAGUUUGAACCGUUUAGAAAACUCUGGAUCACAACAUCUGAAUGGGUUCGAUGGCAUGAGAGUUGGCUAACUGAUCCCAUGAGCUCUAUCAAUGCUGAAGAACUGGAAAGAACAGUAACUGAGUCAUGGAAAACCAUGCAGAAGUCUGUCAGAUAUUUCAGCAACAUUCCAGCUGUCCAAGAAGUGGCCAACAAUAUCAAAAGUAACAUUGAAGAUUUCAAGCCCUAUGUGCCUCUGAUUCAAGGGUUGACAAAUCCUGGACUUAGACAGCGACAUUGGGACAUACUCUCGGAAGAAAUCGGUAUGAAACUAAAACCAAGUCCGAACUUGACUUUUACUAAAGUCCUUGACCUGAAACUAGAUGAUCACAUUGAUGUCAUCUCCAGAGUUUCUGAAAUAGCUGCCAAAGAAUAUGGCAUUGAACUGGCAUUAAAUAAAAUGGAAGCUGACUGGGAGAAUGUUGAGUUUGAUGUCCAGCCCUAUAAAAACAGUGGGACAUUCAUGCUCAAGGCAUCAGAUGAGAUAUCUCAGCAGUUGGAUGACCACAUUGUCAUGACUCAGGCAAUGGCUUUCUCACCCUACAAGAAGGAGUUUGAGGAGCGUAUAAACUUGUGGGAACAAAAACUGAAGCUUACUCAGGAUGUUCUUGAUGCCUGGAUGAAUGUUCAGAGAUCUUGGCUUUACCUGGAGCCAAUUUUCAGUUCUGAUGACAUUACUAAGCAACUGCCAACUGAAAGCAAAAGAUACAACACAAUGGAAAGAGUCUGGAGAAAACUGAUGCGUAUGGUGAAAGCUGAAUCUCACGUUAUUAUAAUCUGUCCAGAUGAAAAUAUGCUGACAGAUCUUAAGAAAUGCAGUGAACUCCUAGAUCAUGUUUCUAAAGGCUUGAGUGAUUACCUGGAAACUAAAAGAGGUCAUUUCCCACGCUUUUAUUUCUUGUCUGAUGAUGAACUUUUGGAGAUUUUGUCUCAGACCAAAGAUCCUAGAGCAGUUCAGCCUCAUUUGCGUAAAUGCUUUGAGAAUAUAGCCUCUCUCAAGUUUGAAGAAGAUAUGAAGAUCUCCAAGAUGUUCUCUGGGGAAGGAGAAUGUGUGGAGCUUUGUGAAGAACUUUACCCCAUCGGCAAUGUGGAGGACUGGAUGGUGGAGAUAGAGAGAAUCAUGAAGGCAACUGUCAGACAAGUCAUCAGAAAUGCUAUUCCAGAUUAUCAAGAAACACAAAGAACAAAGUUUGUUUUACAAUGGCCAGGCCAGGUAGUUAUAGCUAUUUGCCAGACCUAUUGGAGUUCAGAAGUACAGAAGUAUCUAGAAGAGAAAGCUUUGGCUUCAUAUUAUCAGCAAAUGUUGCAGCAACUUGAAGGUUUGAGAAAACUAGUUCGCAUGGAUAUAUCUAAUAUUGGUCGUAUGACUCUCUCUGCUUUGAUCGUCAUUGAAGUUCAUUCUCGUGAUGUCAUAGACAAGAUGGUUCAGGAAAAUGUUAAUGAUCCAAAUGCCUUUGAAUGGAUUAGUCAAUUAAGAUACUACUGGAUGGAAGAUGAGAACUUGUAUCAGAGAGCAGUCAAUGCCCAGUUUCCUUAUGGUUAUGAAUAUUUGGGUAACACUCCACGACUUGUCAUCACUCCACUGACAGACAGAUGCUAUCUGACAUUAACUGGAGCCCUUCAUUUAAAUUUUGGAGGUGCCCCUGCAGGCCCUGCUGGAACUGGCAAAACUGAAACUACAAAGGAUUUAGGUAAAGCCUUUGCAAUCCAAUGUGUUGUAUUCAACUGCUCAGAUCAGCUAGACUAUUUGGCCAUGGGGAAAUUUUUUAAAGGUUUAGCAAGCUGUGGAGCCUGGGCUUGUUUUGAUGAGUUUAAUCGUAUUGAUAUUGAAGUGUUGUCUGUAGUUGCCCAACAAAUACAAACUAUCCAGACUGCUCAGAAAUUGAGGCUGGAUACAUUUUUAUUUGAGGGUGUUGAGCUGGUGUUGAAAAUGUCCUGUGCUGUUUUUAUAACUAUGAAUCCAGGCUAUGCUGGUCGAACAGAGCUCCCAGAUAACUUAAAGGCCCUUUUCAGACCAGUUGCCAUGAUGGUGCCAGAUUAUGCUUUGAUUGCAGAAAUAAGUCUUUUUUCUUUUGGCUUUAGUGAGGCCAAAAAUCUGUCACAAAAAAUUGUGUCUACUUUCAAAUUGUCUUCAGAGCAACUUAGUUCACAGGAUCAUUAUGACUUUGGGAUGAGAGCUGUCAAAAGUGUUAUAUCUGCUGCUGGAAAUUUAAAAAGAAUGUAUCCUGAUAUGGAUGAGCAACUUAUCUGUUUGCGAGCCAUCCAAGAUGUCAAUGUUCCCAAAUUUCUUAUUGAUGAUCUGAAGUUAUUCAAUGGAAUUUUAUCUGAUUUAUUUCCUAAUGUUAAAGAGCAACCAAUUGACUAUGGUAUUCUUAAUGCUUCACUGAGGUCCAACUGUGUAAAGUUAGGCCUAAAAGAUGUUGAUGAAUUCAUUCUCAAAUGUAUUCAACUCUAUGAAACCACUGUAGUCAGACAUGGGCUUAUGUUAGUUGGACCUGCUGGAAGUGGAAAAACUGAGUGUUACAAGGUACUGCAGGUGGCUCAAACAGAACUUCAUGGUCAACCAAACCCUUCCCUCUCAUUCUUCUGUACCACACAUACUUAUGUGUUGAAUCCAAAGUCAAUCACUAUGGGUCAGUUAUAUGGAGAAUUCGAUUUAUUUACACAUGAAUGGACUGAUGGCAUCUUGUCCACACUAAUACGAAUUGGCACCACAGCAGCCACCACUGAUAAGAGGUGGUACAUCUUUGAUGGGCCAGUGGAUGCAGUGUGGAUAGAGAACAUGAACACAGUACUUGAUGACAACAAGAAACUUUGUCUGAGUAGUGGAGAGAUUAUCAAAUUAACUGAUCACAUGACUAUGAUGUUUGAAGUAGCAGAUUUGGCUGUUGCUUCACCUGCCACUGUCAGUCGAUGUGGGAUGGUUUACCUUGGAACAUCAGUGUUGGGCAUCUGGCCACUGAUCGAGUGUUGGAUUAAGACAUUACCUCCUCUGAUUAAAGUUUACAGUGAGCAGUUGGAAAAAUUAUUCAAAAACUUCUUUCUACCUGGACUCGACUUCAUUAGAAGUAAUGUCAUUGAGAUUGUUGGUACUCUGGAUAGUGCUUUAACAUUCAGCCAUUUUAGAAUAUUUGACUGUUUUGUAAGCCCAUUGAAAUUAAAGAUGGGACAAAAACUUCAUGAUAUCGUUAGUGAAGAAAAUCAGGCUAGACUAGUAGAACUUAUUGAGCCUUGGUUCAUAUUCUCCUUGAUAUGGUCGCUUGGUGCAUCCUGUGACAAUGAUGGAAGAGAUAAGUUUGACUUGUGGAUCAGACAGAAGAUUGAUGAGCACAAUUUGGCAGUAAAAUUUCCUGAUACUGGCCUGGUGUAUGACUACAAGUUAGAUGACGCUGGUAUUCUGACCCAAGCUGAAGAGGAAGAGGAAGGAAGUGAAAGAGUAAUCCGUUGGCUGAACUGGCAGCAUGGUCACCAGCCAUACCAAGUGCCUUCAGAGAUCAAAUACUCUGAUAUCAUGGUGCCAACUAUUGAUACCUGUAGAUCCUCUUUUUUAGUUAAUAUGUUUGUUUUGAACAGAAAAAAGUUACUUGCGAUUGGACCAACUGGUACAGGCAAAACUUUGACCAUGCUUGAUAAAUUGACACGUGGAUUGACUGAAGAAUAUUUACCAGAAUUCAUUAAUUUCUCUGCCAAGACCUCUGCAAAUCAAACUCAAGAUUUGAUUGACAGCAAGCUAGAUAAAAGGCGAAAGGGUAUCUAUGGUCCACCUGUCGGGAAGUAUUGUGUCAUUUUUAUUGAUGAUCUGAAUAUGCCUUCCUUGGAGACUUAUGGAGCGCAGCCACCCAUUGAACUUAUUAGACAAUUUAUGGACUUUAAUGGAUGGUAUGAUCGUAAAGCUAUAGGUGAGUUUCGAAGUUUGGCAGAUGUGAACAUCCUAGCUGCCAUGGGGCCUCCAGGUGGAGGAAGGAAUCCUGUUACUGCAAGACUUUUACGCCAUUUUAAUUUCCUGGCUUUUACUGCAAUGUCAGACGCCAGUCUUUUCAAGAUUUUUGGGACAAUCUUGUUGUCUUGGAUUGCCAACUGUCCCCACAUUGUAAAGUACUGUGACAAGCUUGUGACGGCCAGUAUCAACAUGUAUAAUUCAGUCCAGGCCAACAUGUUGCCUACACCCUCCAAGUCUCACUACACAUUCAACUUGAGAGAUUUGUCCAAAGUGUUUCAAGGAAUUCUCAUGGGCCAAUAUGAAGAGAACAAGUCAGUCGGUGCUGUUCUGAGACUCUGGUAUCAUGAAUGUUGCAGAGUCUUUCAGGAUCGUUUAGUGGAUGAUGCAGACAGACAGUCCUUUGAAGAUAUCCUAAAGAACACAGUCAUGAAAGAUUUUGAUGUGGACUUCAAUCACAUCAUAGCCCACAAGCCAAUCAUUUAUGCUGAUUUCUUAAACAAUGAUCAAGAUCCUCGCCCCUACACUCUUGUGAAAGAUCAUGCACUAGCUCAAAAAACCGUUGAAGAAUAUUUAUCAGAGUUUAACCAGGCAACAAAUAAAAAGAUGGAGCUUGUGCUAUUCAUGGAUGCCAUUUGCCAUGUCAGUCGCAUAGCCCGUAUACUAAGACAGCCACUCGGUAAUGCUUUAUUGCUUGGUAUGGGUGGCAGUGGACGGCAGAGUUUAACUAAAUUAGCAUCACACAUGUCUGAGUAUGACUGUUUCCAGGUCGAGCUGUCUAAAAACUAUAAUGUACAUGAUUGGCAUGAAGACUUAAAGAAAGUCAUGAUGAAGGCAGGGCUGCGAGAAGAGCCUGUUGUUUUCUUGUUCAGUGACACACAGAUUAAAAAUGAGUCCUUCCUUGAAGACUUGAACAACAUAUUGAACACUGGUGAUGUGCCAAAUAUCUAUGGGUUGGAUGAAUUAGAGAAUAUCUUUAAAGAGAUGAAGCCUUCUGUUGUAGAAGCUGGAUUGCAACCCACUAAAACUAUUAUGUUCUCUACUUACACCAAGAGAGUCCGCAGUAACCUACACACAGUCAUAACUAUGAGCCCACUAGGAGAAAUUUUUCGUUCUCGACUGCGACAGUUCCCAGCACUAGUUAACUGCUGCACUAUUGACUGGUUCUGUCCUUGGCCACCUGAUGCUUUAAGAUCUGUUGCAUAUAAGCUCUUAGGAGACUUUGGUGAUACAGAGCAAAUGAAAGAAGUUCUCAAUGGACUGGUGGCCAUGUGUCAGGUGAUACAAGAUUCAGUCACACGAUACUCUGUACGAUUCCUGGAAGAAAUGUCCAGACACAACUAUGUCACCCCCACGUCUUACUUGGAACUGCUUAGUCUAUUCACUCAAUUGGUCAAUAGCAAAAAAGGGGAGCUUACUCUGGCUAGUGCUAGACUCAAGACUGGUUUAGAUAAAAUUUUGGUUACAACUGUAGAAGUGGCCAAAUUACAGGAGGAGUUGGCCAUCAUGAGUCCUGAAUUGGAAGUGGCUGUAAAAGAUGCAGUCAUAACAAUGGAGCAUAUAGCUAAGGAUACUGCUGUGGCUGAAGAAACCAAGCAACAUGUUCAGGCUGAAGAGAAGGCUGCAUCUAUCAAGGCAUCAGAAACUGAAGCCAUUGCUGCUGAUGCCCAGAAGGAUUUGGCUGAAGCACUGCCUGCACUUGAAAGUGCCCUUACCAGCCUUAAGAAUAUCAACAAAAGUGAUAUCACAGAAGUGAGAGCCCUACAACGGCCACCUCCUGGAGUCAAACUUGUGAUGGAAGCUGUAUGCAUCAUGAAACAGAUUGCUCCCAAGAAAAUAGCUGGGGAAAAACCUGGUACCAAAGUAGAUGACUACUGGGAGGUUGGUAAAGCUCAGCUUCAAGAGCCAGCCAAGUUCAUGGACAGUUUAUUCCAGUAUGACAAAGAUAACAUCCCUAAUGAAGUCAUCAAAAAAAUUACUCCUUACAUCAAUGACCCAAACUUCACGCCAAAUGCAAUUCUAAAGGUUUCAAGAGCUUGUAUGGCUAUAUGUCAGUGGGUCCAUGCCAUGUUCAAAUAUCACUUUGUGGCAAUCACUGUGGCCCCAAAGAGAGAGAAGCUGAAGAAAGCAAUGGAGGAGUUGGCAACUACUGAAAAAAUACUUGCUGAAGCCAAGAAGAAAUUGCAUGAAGUGGAAGCAGGUGUAGCUAAGUUGCAGAAACAGUACAAUGAAAGUAUGCACAAGAAGAAAAUACUGGAAGAUAAAUGUAAACUGUGUGAGGCCAGGUUGGAUAGAGCUGACAAGCUCAUCAACAGUUUAGCUGAGGAAAAAGAUCGUUGGGGGGACACUAUAACAAAUUAUGAGAAACUACUCCACAAUGUUUAUGGGGAUGUGCUUUUGUCUGCUGGAUUUGUGGCUUACUUGGGACCAUUUACCGCGGAUUACAGACAUGUCAUGGUCAAAGAAUGGAGUGAGUCUUUACAUGAAAAUAAAGUACCUUCCUCCCCUAAUCCCAACUUUCUUUCCACCAUGGGAAACCCAGUCAUGAUUAGAAACUGGCAGAUUCAUGGUUUGCCUGGAGACAAUUAUUCUAUUGAAAAUGGUGUCAUCGUCAGCUUGACACAGCGCUGGCCAUUGUUUAUUGAUCCUCAAGGUCAGGCCAAUAAGUGGAUCAAGAAUAUGGAAAGUCACAAUGAAAUGGAAGUUGUGAAACUCUCCAGCAAAGAUUUCAUACGAACUUUAGAGAAUGCAAUUAGAUUUGGAAAGCCUUGCCUUAUGGAGAAUGUUGGUUCAGAAUUGGACCCAUCCUUAGAACCAGUACUACUCAAGCAGGUAUUUAAACAACAAGGAACUUUAGUCAUCAAAAUUGGAGACACAUUAGUGCCCUACCAUAAAGACUUCAAGUUCUACAUAACCAGCAAACUACCAAAUCCUCAUUACACACCAGAGGUAUCUACCAAGGUGACCAUCAUCAACUUUACUCUUUCUCCCAGUGGUUUACAAGACCAGCUUUUGGGCAUUGUGGUAGCAGAGGAACGUCCAGAUCUGGAGGACUCCAAAAACCAGCUUAUAAUCAGUAAUGCCAAGAUGAAGUCAGAGCUGAAAGAUAUUGAAGAUAAAAUACUUUACCUUUUGAGUGCCUCCCAGGGAAGUCCUGUAGAUGACAUUGAACUGAUUGAGACUCUGGAUGCCUCCAAGAUAACCUCCUCAGAGAUCCAGACUAAAGUGAAAAUAGCAGAGACAACUGAAAAAAUAAUUGAUGAGACUCGAUCUCAGUACAUUCCUGUAGCCAUCAAUGCACAGAUUUUAUUUUUCUGUGUAGCUGACAUGGGCAAGAUAGACCCUAUGUAUCAGUAUUCCUUGGAGUGGUUUAUUAGAAUCUUCAUGAACUCUAUUGCUCAAGCUGAAAGAGCAGAGACACUAGCUGAAAGGGUAGUCCAUAUCAAUGAAACCUUCACCUACAAUUUAUAUAUUAACGUCUGCCGCAGUCUUUUUGAAAAACACAAACUCUUAUUUGGUCUUCUAAUGACUGUACGUCGAGAGAUGGAGAAAGGAAACAUUGACUUAAGUGACUGGCGUUGGUUAAUAGCUGGCGGUACAGUGGUUCCAGAACAGUUACCUAACCCAGACCCUUCAUGGAUCUCUGUUCGUUCCUGGAAUGAAAUUUUGACUCUCCCGACUUUACCAUCGUUUAAAAAUUUUGCUUCUCAUUUUAAAAAGUACAUACAUGAAUUUAAAUACAUAUUUGAUAGCAGUGAACCCCAAGAUAUCAAACUCCCUGGUGAAUGGGCUGCAUUAGAUGACUUCCAGUGCACGCUGGUCCUGAAAGCCUUGAGACCAGACAAAGUCACCAAUGCCAUGCAAAACUUAGUGGCUCAGGUUUUGGGCCAGAAGUUCAUAGAGCCACAGACAACAGACCUUUCAGAUGUGUUUAAGGAGUCAUCCACAACCACACCUUUGGUCUUUGUGCUGUCAACAGGAACAGACCCUGCUGGAUCUCUUUACAGUUUCGCGGAAACUUUAAAAUUUUCUAAGAAAUUAAGUGCAAUCUCUCUAGGACAAGGGCAGGGACCAAGAGCAGAAAUGUUAAUGAAAUUGGCAAUGGACAAAGGUGGCUGGUGUUUCUUUCAGAACUGUCAUUUGGCACCAAGCUGGAUGCCAACCUUGGAGAGAUUGGUGGAGACUAUUGAUUCAGAUUUUGUUCAUAAAGAUUUUCGUCUGUGGUUGACUAGUAUGCCUAGCCCCAACUUUCCAGUAUAUAUACUUCAAAACAGUUCCAAAAUGACUGUGGAACCUCCAAAAGGAAUCAAGGCCAAUAUGCUGAGAUCUUAUCUCAGCUUCAAUGAUAAAUUUUUCAAGCAGUGUCCAGGGAAGAAUAGAAUCUUCAAGCACCUCUUGUUUUCAAUCUGUCUCUUCCAUGCUGUGCUUCUUGAACGUAGAAAAUUUGGAGCUCUAGGGUUCAACAUACCUUAUGAGUUUACAGAUGGAGAUCUUCGUAUUUGUAUUGAUCAACUGAACAUGUUCUUGCAAGAAUACAAUGAAAUUCCUUUCAAGGUACUGGUGUACACUGCUGGUCACAUCAACUAUGGAGGUCGUGUCACAGAUGACUGGGAUCGAAGAUGUAUGAUGAAUAUCCUAGGAGACUUUUAUUGUGCUGAAGUCAUUAGCAGUAGUUUCAUGUACUCUGAGUCUGGGGUUUACAGACAGCUACCAGCAGAGACAGAACUAGCAGGCUAUUUGGAUUACAUCAAAAAUUUGCCCAUCAAUGACAAACCUGAAAUCUUUGGUCUUCAUGACAAUGCUAAUAUCACAUUUGCACAGAAUGAAACUACAGCUCUUUUAGGUUAUUUGUUAGAACUGCAGCCAAAAUCAGUGUCCGGUAAAGGAAUGAGUCGUGAGGAGGUAAUGGAAGCCACUGCCAAAACCAUACUUGAGAAAUGCCCUAAAACUAUUGACUUGAAGAUGGUUUGUCAGAAGUAUCCAGUUCUCUAUGAGCAAUCAAUGAACUCAGUCCUGGCUCAAGAAGUCAUCAGGUACAAUCGUCUGCUUAUGGUCAUACAUCAGUCAUUAAAAGAUUUACUGAAAGCUCUUAAAGGUCUUGUGGUGAUGUCACAGAAAUUGGAAGAAAUGGCCAACAGUCUUUUCAUCAACUUAGUACCUGUAAUGUGGUCAGGAAAGGCUUAUCCAUCAUUGAAACCUCUUUCAGCAUGGGUGGCUGACCUAAUUCAAAGAAUGGCUUUCAUCAACAAGUGGGUAGAUAAUGGAAUUCCUUCUGUAUUUUGGAUAUCUGGAUUUUUCUUUCCACAAGCAUUUCUGACUGGGACUCUUCAGAAUUAUGCCAGACAGGUUGCAAUCUCUAUAGACACAAUAAGUUUUGAUUUUAAGAUAACUACUGCUGAUCAAGCACAAAUUCCACCAAAAGUUGGCUGUUAUAUUGAAGGACUUUUUCUUGAAGGAGCUCGCUUUAAUGCUAUAACUCAGUUUCUUUGGGAGUCUGUCCCCAAAGAAUUAUACUUCAGCAUGCCUCCUAUUUGGCUGAUUCCUACAUCAAAUAGAGUGGAACCUCUAAAAGGGAUUUACCAUUGUCCUGUGUACAAAACUUUAACUAGGGCAGGAACUCUAUCCACAACAGGCCAUUCAACAAAUUUUGUGUUCACUGUGGAGCUGCCAUCAUCCAAACCAGAAAGAUACUGGAUUAAACGAGGUGUUGCUCUGAUGUGUGCGCUGGAUUUUUAGCAAAACACAUUGCAGUCUUAAGAACCUCUCAGUCUGUACUUUGUAGUCUGUCUCAUCAUGAUGUCAUUUGUCUUGUAGUCUGUCUCAUCAUGAUGUCAUUUGUCUUGUAGUCUGUCUCAACAUGAUGUCAUUUGUCUUGUAGUCUGUCUCAUCAUGAUGUCAUUUGUCUUGUAGUCUGUCUCAUCAUGAUGUCAUUUGUCUUGUAGUCUGUCUCAUCAUGAUGUCAUUUGUCUUGUAGUCUGUCUCAUCAUGAUGUCAUUUGUCAUGUAGUCUGUCUUAACAUGAUGUCAUUUGUCUUGUAGUGUCUCAUCAUGAUGUCAUUUGUCUUGUAGUCUGUCUCAUCAUGAUGUCAUUUGUCUUGUAGUCUGUCUCAACAUGAUGUCAUUUGUCUUGUAGUCUGUCUCAUCAUGAUGUCAUUUGUCUUGUAGUCUGUCUCAACAUGAUCUCAUUAGUUUAUACAUUAUAAUUUUAACAUGAUGUCAUUGGCCUGUACAUUCUAGUCUGACUAAAUAUGUUGUCAAUAAUAUUUACAUUUUAGACUAAAUAGGAUGUUAUUGGUCUGUAUAUAAAAGUCUAAUCACUAUGUUGUUAGUAUUAUAGUGCUGAUCGAAAAAAAAAAUGUAAAUAAAUAGGUGCCAACUCUAAGCACUAUCUAUAAAAUAUGUUUACUUAGUAGUAUACAUUUACUUCCUAGUCAUAUGUAGGAAUAUUAUUAAUGAACUAUUCUAUAAGGAAAGGUUUAGUUGUUAGAUUGAUUUAUUUCGUGAAUAAUUGUAGAGUAAGAAACUACAAUGACUUUUGUCUUGUGUUGAAAUUAAUAAAGAAUGAAUAUUUUCA